AUGCCAGAGGGAAAUCACAGCACUGUGACUGAAUUCAUUCUGACUGGAUUCCCCGGACUUCAUCCAGAGUAUCACAGCCUCGCCUCAGCUGUAUUGUUCUUUGUUUAUUUCCUAACUUUGACGGGCAAUACUACAAUCCUGUUUUUAUUUGCAACCGACCGCAGCCUCCAUAAGCCGAUGUAUUAUAUUAUUCUAAACCUGUGUGCAUGCGACAUUCUCUUCAGCACAACCACUUUACCUAAGAUCAUCAGUAAGUACUGGUUUCACUCAGGGACCAUUUCAUUCAAUGCUUGCUUUGUCCAGAUGUACUUUGUUCACUAUCUGGGCACGGUGAAUUCUUUUAUCCUCUUCCUCAUGGCGUUGGACAGGUACCUGGCUAUCUGCUAUCCUCUUAGAUAUCCACUUCUUCUUAAAGACUCCACCAUCCACAUUCUCAGUGCUACUGUGUGGGUUGUUGCCAAGACAGGUCCUUUAGUGUCAGUGAUUAGAGCGUACCCUCUUCCUUACUGUGCUUCGAACAUAAUCAAUCAUUGCUACUGUGACCAUAUUGGUAUCACAAUGCUGGCAUGCACUGACAGGGGCCCUUAUGGUCGUCCUGCUUUUGCAGUUGCAAUGCUUGCACUCCUAGGACCUCUGGCCUUUAUAAUAUUCUCAUACUGCUGUAUUAUUAUAAAUGUAUUAAAGCUAGCUAAUUCACAAAGUCGCCUCAAAACACUGUCCACUUGUAGUGCUCAGCUGAUUAUAAUUGCCCUCUAUUAUUUGCCCAGAUGUUUUGUUUAUUUAGCCAGUAAUGUCGGCAUUACAUUUAGUGCUGAUGCACGAAUUGUAAUAAUCAUGCUGUAUAGCCUUUUACCCCCCAUGAUUAAUCCACUUAUAUACUGCUUGAGAGCAAAAGACAUGAGAGAAAGUUUGUGGAAGCAAUUCAACAAAUGCACAGUUUCACAAAGAGUUUCGGCCACAGGUAACUGA